UGGGGGGGUUAGUUAAGUUAUUUUUAUACUCCGUGCGAGCUACCCGACUCUGACUUGCUCCCACGAGAUCCGCUCAUGCGUUUGCCCUGCGAGUCUCGAUUUCCUCUCAGCCAUGGUCUAUCGUCUUGGCCGCCUCUCCCGCCUUUGCCAUCGCCGUCCUUUUCUCUUCGUCCUUUUUCCUUCUUCGUCGUCUUUCUUCGUCUUUCUUCGAGUCUUCGUUUUUUACUUCCUUUUCUUAUACGGCGGGCGCUUAGAUAAGACAGGGAUGGCUGAGAGAGACGUCCCAAAGAGGACUAGCUUGUUUCAGGUGAUGACAUAAUUGGAGCUUUGACUUUCUUGGCGUUUUGAAGCAUAAAAAAAGGAAGAAAAAAGCAGAAAAAGUGAAGAAAAAGAGAAGAAGAUAGAAAAAAAGGACGGACAAAGGAGAGCGUCAAGGGAUAUUGAUACAUAACAAGACGGCAGACACAGCCGGGCUUUUGCUUUAUCUCUUAUCCUGCCCAAUAAGCCCCACAGGAUAGUCACUUGAAAGGAUGCCACUAUUACUAGCACCUUGUGGUUGAUGUGAUUCUAGCAUGGCCCAUCUUAUAGGUAUAUAAAGCAGCUUUUGACCGCCGAAUCUCUGACAUCUGCUUUUAUCUUACGUCUUCGGCUUGGCGGCUUACACGAUGAGUUCGACAUCCUCUAUAGCCCAGAGUGGAUAUUAUUAAUUAUUACAGAUCUUCGGAAUACUAGACCACAUAUAUUUGAGACAUCCAUUUUACAUAAUUCGCAUAGGAUGGGCUGCUCCCCUCAUGGCUACUGGGAAUGUGGAGACAUAGGCCUCUGGGAGCCCGCAGGGAGACUGACGGACCUUAUACUUUACGCCUCACACACAUUUUGGCCUGCGAAAAAGUUACCACAUAAUCAUGGGACAGCCACACUCUAUAGAACAUAUGUACUCCAGCACCAGGGGCAAUACCCUCCACAUCUCUCUUUAUCCAUCAGACACCUCCAACGAACACUAGCUGUUUAUGAGAUUAUUUUAGCCAGUGCAGUACUAGGGCUUUCUGAGAGAUUUGCCGUGGUUUUCGGAACUGAUAAGGCUGUAAAGGGGUGUUGGGAAUGCCGGUCUCGACUGAACCAUAGCCGAUGACAAACGAGUUCUUCGUCCCAGACCAAUCGAUACAACUCCCAAUCGCCGGCCACCAGAUGAGCCAUGGGGUGCUUUAUGUAGGGAACCUGCGCGGCAGCUCACUCUUGUUCAUCAUGGACUUGCGUUUAUACGGAGCUGCAACUUAAUGGCGUUUACCCUGAUGUUCGACAUCCAGCUGCUUACUCCCUUGUCCCUGCUACACAACCUGCUGCCAGCUAAGCAAGACUUCAUCUGUAGGGUAGACGCAACUGACUCGCUGAAAUGGGCUGCUGUCUUUAUGAAGAAAGUAUGGCCAGAGACACAAGCACCAGGCAUUUCAACCAGGCGACCUGGCCUACUUGAAUCUCCACAAAGGCUAUAUAACAUACCAGCAACCAAAAUACUCGGACUAGCCCAGUCAACUUUGACUACAAGUAGCUUAGGAACCCUGCGGUGGGUACCUUUUAGCUCUCUCUAGACGAAUUGUAGACAUUUGGGGUAACAUGCUACCGUGAUUGUUCGAACUGGCCAAAGGGAAUGAGGAUACUCACCUACUUGAUAUUCUCACAUUUACAGGCUAGGUUAACCACUUUGUUCAGCCCUUGUCGAUCACUCUCCCGUUUACCGAGUCAUUAAUUGCUUGAGUAUUGUUCUGUCAAGAAGGGAUAAGUUACCAAUUCUGCUACCUGUGUGGGCUCGCUCUUUGGGCCCAAUGCCAUACUUACUUGAUAUCUUCUUGGCCAGGAAGUUGACCAGAUAACUACUUAGUCGGUUAUUUAGCAUUCACAUGUGUAGCCAAGCAGUCUAGAACACUCAUUCAAUCAAUCACUUCAUGAAUGUUGGGAGGCGACUCCUGAUGCACCAGGUUCCCACAUUGCCUUCCCAAUGGUGGAUAAUAAAACUAUCUAAGGUUGAACAGCGGAACCGCGGAGCCCGCAGCUACAGGUCACUCAAUCAAAUCACUCCCCAAGUCCCUGGAUAGGCAAAUCUCAGAAGAUCUUCUUCACUAUGCUAGUUAUGACUCUUGGUUAUUCACGCCGAGAAUGGCCGGGAAUCAAUUGAGUUAGCUGGCCUAACUACCAGGCUAGCUGCUCCGGAGGUACGGAGAGAUUUCUGUGCCACCUGUGGGACUCCAAGAUAUCUGAUAAAUAACUAGGUUAGUGAGUCAGUGAUGAGCCACGGAUAUCACCGAGCCCAUCAUUUGUCGUGAAGAAGAAUUUAUACAAAGACGACUACUCACUUUGCUUGGCUUUGGGAUUCGGGAUUCGGGAUCCCGGGCACUGGAUAGGACAUAGAUGGUCAAGAAAUCAUCUCGACGGGGCCCAGUCUGAUAAAACCAUACCAAAGACCAAUCUGAUAAGUGGGUGGUGCUUUGCAGCUUUUUUAACAGGGCCUUGGUUUCUCGUGAGAUGGGGAUGGCUAGUCUUGCAUGGCCACAUCCAAAGCGGCGCUUAAGUGCUGAGUUUUUCUCCUUAUUAUUUCUCCAUUUUAUAUAUCCACAUGUCCCAGGGCUUUAGGCGCAAACAAAGUGUAUUUUAGACCUGACAUUGCAUGGCAGGUGUUUAUACACGGAGUCACUUGGGAUUCUGCGCCAGACCUAACCGGGUUCCUUUGCUCGGAGACGCACCUAGGUCGUUAAAUAUAUGCGGCAUAGUAGAAGUGCGACUUAUCUUGCUACCGUUUACCGUUUGCUGCGAGUAAAAUAAGGCAACAUGCUCUUCUACUGUAGAGUGCUGCUUCAUUUUUAUACUUUUAUACCUCCAUGCGCCAUCCCUCCCUAUGCAUAAUUUCUUUGUGGUUCAGCCGAAGAAUAUGAAUCAAAUGGCUGGGGUUUACGUUUCCCUUCGAGACUCGAAGAAAUACUGCUUUCUGACUAAAGAGGUCUCGAGGAAGAGUUUCUCGCUGUUUGUACAUUUGUCGUUCGUGAAUCGUGGGAGAUGCCUCUCAGUCGGGCGUCGCUGAUACCAACCCCGAUAAUAUUUUAUGCAGUGCCCAGUUAUGCAGCUAGAGGGGAUCAACAGCCGACUAUUUAUUUGUUUGACGGGAGACCCUUGGUCAGUUACA